UCCUGCCCCGUCACUCUUCUACGCGAAACGUUCGUGAUGCGCUUUACCCCAAGAGAAAGGGGCCGAACGUUUCUUCUCCGGAUUCCCCAAACCCUAACGAUCGACCGCAGAGAGCAAUUCCACAGUACCCGUUCCCGACUCCUCCUCCGCCGCCGCCGCCAUGAACGCCUUCCGAUUAGCUGGCGACAUGUCGCACCUCGUCAGCGUCCUCGUCCUCCUCCUGAAGAUCUACGCCACCAAAUCUUGCUCAGGGAUCUCGCUCAAGACGCAGGAGCUGUACGCCCUGGUGUUCCUGACCCGCUACCUAGAUCUCUUCAUCUACGUCGUCUCAGUGUACAACACCUUGAUGAAGAUCGUGUUCAUCGCCAGCUCUCUCGCCAUUGUUUGGUACAUGAGGUCUCACCCCUUGGUGCGGCGGACGUACGAUAAGGAUCAGGAUACGUUUCGGCAUUAUACCCUCAUCGGUGGAAGCCUUCUUCUCGCGCUCUUUUUCCAUGACAAGUUUACGAUCCGCGAGGUAUUAUGGGCAUUUUCGAUAUUUUUAGAAGCAGUUGCAAUUCUUCCUCAAUUGAUUUUGCUUCAGAGAAGCAGAAAUGUGGACAACCUGACCAGCCAAUAUGUCCUCUUCCUUGGGGCUUAUCGUGCAUUUUACAUUCUCAACUGGAUUUAUCGCUUUGUCACAGAAGACCAUUACAGCGCAUGGAUAUCCUGGAUCGCCGGUGUUGUUCAAACAGCCCUUUAUGCUGAUUUCUUUUACUACUACUUCAUCAGCUGGAAAAACAAUGCAAAGCUUCAACUCCCGGCUUGAAUUAAAUGUGAAAGCCAAGCGGCUGCAAGACGGUAAAUAUCUGAGAUGGGAGGACUAGUAGGUACUUUGAGCUGGAAGAUCUGUUGUCAUCAGAUGGCAACAAAUUUUGGGCCAUGAUCCAUUACCAUACGCUAUGCUGAUGGUGUUAGAGAUUUCAGGAGUCUGGGUUGUCACAUUGUUCGUUCGUUUGUUGUUUGCAGCAUGUCAUUCCAAAAUCUAACAUAUCACAUUGUGACUGGAAACUUGAGCAAUCUCUGUGCCUCAUUCAAUCACAUUUAUGUUGAGAACAUGGGGUGUAAUCACGAGUGUUAUCACAGCAUCUGAUAACAAAUUGACAUUUCCUGAACAUUUAUAGUUCCUUCUAAUGACACCGAGGAAAAUCCAUACAGUGAGUA